AUGGAUCAGAAAGAAAAAUCAGCAAACGACAAUAUCUGCUUAGAAAAAUUCUUUGUUAUGAUCUCAAUUCCUGUGUUCGUCACAAUUUGCUUUAUUGUAGUUAACGACUUAUGUGGAAACGGAAAAAAGCGACACAAGAAAAAAGUCGUUGCUUUGAGAACAUUUUAUUCGUUAAUCAUCAUGAAUGAUCCAACAGACUUUGAAAAGUUUUUUUUGCAACACUUAGGACUGACAAAGCUUGAAUGCCACGCUCUUAAUGAACUUUGUGGUUGUUGUUGCUGCUACUCGAUGACUUUGAGAAAACGCAGAUGUUACAUUAGUUUUAUUCUGAGAUCACUUCGAGUGACGAUAAAUAUCUAA